AUGGCGCUCUACAGAGCUCGCAUUUGUUCCUCUCCUCUGCUCCGCUCAAUUCUUCGCGUCCCCACUCGCUCUCUCUCAUCCGGUUCUGUUAUUAAUAUGGGUGAGUCUGAUCAUGGGUCGUCAUGGAAAUCAUCCAUGAUGAAUCAGAUGUUCACACUCGACAUAAGCUCUCAAAUUGGGAGUUGUAUGCCUCUGGCGAAUAUGAGGAUCGGGACCCAGAUCCACAACAUCGAGCUUCGACCGGGACAGGGUGGGAAGCUCGUACGUGCUGCAGGGACAUCGGCGAAGAUACUUACCGAGCCCAAUAGGUCUACCAGGUACUGCGAGAUAAAGCUGCCAUCUGGGGUCAAGAAACUGAUAGACACCAGGUGUCGAGCAACAAUCGGGAUGGUAUCCAAUCCGGAACAUGGAACUAAGAAGCUAAGAAAGGCUGGGCAAAGCAGAUGGUUGGGAAGGAGGCCGGUUGUGAGAGGUGUGGCUAUGAACCCAGUUGAUCAUCCCCAUGGUGGUGGUGAAGGAAGGAGUAAGAGUAGUGGUAGUCAUGGCCGAGUCUCACUCACGCCUUGGGGAAAGCCAACCAAGUGCGGAUUGACAUCCUCCCUUCUCUCCGUCUCUCAGACUCUGAUUUGGUGGAUGAGGUUUGGUCGAUGGUACGGCGAUUUGGGCUUGGUAAGGUGGUUGGAUUUGGGGCUUUGUUGGUGUGUGCUUGGACGGGUGGCUGGAUGUGGGAGAGGAUGUUUGGUUGUGUGGUUGUUUUGGUUGAUCUUACUGGCCUCCGGUCCCAGCUCCAGGGGCGGACCGCCUAGGAAAAGAUUUUGGUCGUCUGGUGUGGUUCUAGUUGUGAUUGCAUUGGAGUUUCUGGGGCAGUGCUCGAGCCGGAGUCCUAUCCAAGUGGGCGGUUGUCUCUGGGUGUGGAGUCGCGGUUUGUUGCGGAUUGUCUCGCCUGUGGAGAGGAGGGCGCUAUUCUAA